UUAUGCAGGCAUACUGCCACGCGUGCGAUCGUCUGAUCAAACCUGAGACCGCCACGCGCACAAACACCACUCGCGACUAAUUGGAAUUAUACCCAUUGAAGACGGGAGCGAUCUCAACCUCUCUCCGUUGCCUACCAGCACCCCUCAUCUGGAGAACAAUACCUCCACAACGUAGUGGGAGGGUGGGCUUUAGUCCCACGUUGACACACUGACCCGGGAGCGAGAGAGGCGGGUUUCAGGACUUGGACAGCUCCCGGCGACGUUCCCGCGCACGCGGGAUCAUGCAGACGGCGAGUUCAGUCCAGUUUACUGUGGAGUCGCAAGAAAGGAGUGCCGCCAUGCUGCAUCAGAAGCAGCUCUUUGAGAAGUUCUGGAAGGGGACCUUCAAGGCGGUUGCCAUGCCGAGGCCGGAGAGUGUUAUUGUGGCCAGCAUCAUCGCACGCACGAGGCUGACCCGUCCAGCGGCAAAGGCUGACCAAACAUCAGGUGACAAUCAGACAGACGAGAACCUAGCUGACUCCAAGCCAGGUGACGUAGCCUACAUCGACCAGAGGAAGGAGAGUGCUGUUGACUGCACAGUGCCCCCUCUUGACGGGAAGAAAAAUCGUCGCCACGGCCGUCGUCACCACCACCACCGUCGUCACCGCCGCCACUGCCGGGCCGUUAGUGUCUCCUUUGACGAGGGGUCGUCACCAUGGCCAAAAGCCAAAAAGAAGAAGAAAAAGUUGCAGCGCAAAAGGCAGAGGAGGAGGUCGCACUCCUGCAGCCUUUCUCCGCUGAAAAAGAAGAAAAAGAAGAAGAAAAGCUCCAAGAAAAGCAAGCGGCAUCGGUAUUCUCACAAAAAGUCCAAGCAUGGCUCCUCAACUUUCAAGCAUGAGAGAAGGAAUGAGCGCAAACGGAAGAAAAGCUCCGGGACGGGAUCGCGUCGAAAACGCCGCCGCAGGAGGUCGACAUCGGAAGGCUCCUACCUGUCACAUCCAGAGGACAGAUACCCGGCCUGCAAAAGCCGCUCCCGUGAGAUGCUGGAGGCCAAGAGGACGACCGCCAACGUAUCCAAAUUAGUAAAAACGACGUCCUUCCUCGCAAGCGCCUCCACAUGCUCAUCAAAGCUUUUCCAAAGACGAGCGUCGAAGCAGGGUGACCGGUCGCACGACUGCGACUCCGGCAACGACACCUCGUCACCCUCGUCCAGUAAGACUGGCGCGGCCGACAGGAGCGACUUGCCGCCACGGCGGCCCACAUCCUUGCCGUUCCCUGAUAAGGACGGGGUGUCAGACUCUGGGAACUCACUGACCAGCUAUGCAUCCUUUGGCAAACCCGGCGAUGAAGACGGUUUGAGUGCUGCUACACUCCUCAAGAGAGGACAUGGGGCUUUGGGCUCUCGACUUUUUGUGGCGAGAUCUCCACAGAAGUCUUCCAGUGGGCGACUGAGCAGCAGGUGGCAUCACAGACGUCGUAGGAGCAGAUCAUCGGAAAACUCCAGACACCCGGAACGACCAAGCUCUUCGUUGUCAUCUGUCAGUUCCUACUCACGUUCACCCAGCUAUUCACCAGAUCUAAAGUGGGGGCGGGGCAGCUUGAGCAGCGUCAGCUCCAGAGGAAGCUACUCAAGAUACAGAUAUCGCAGGUCGCAAAAGCGAACGUCCAGCUCCAGCGAGACGGAUGCAGAGCAUACAGUCAGCAGGAAAAGACGAAGGUACAGGUCCUACUCCCCCAUGAGGAAGAGGAGGAGGGACUCGCCAAGCCAUCUGGAAGCCAGACGGAUCACCAGCGCCCGCAAGAGACCCGUCCCAUACUUCCGCCGCAGCCCCAGUACGACGUCCUGGAGCAGCCUGUUCUCGCGCUGUCGCUCCGGAAGCCCCGCCCCUUCUUUCUCCCCAUCAUCGUCGUGCUGGAGCUUCACUCGUGACUCGCCGUGGCGAUUCGGGGGGCGUCACCGCAGUGGCAACAGGUAUUAGCUGGCCUCUGCCCGCCCUUGAAAAAAUAUAAGUCAACAUAAAAUGUGAAUAGCACUGAGAGACUGUUUGCUAGCAUAUUUCUUUGAGGACGAUUCUAACUUUCUGCUUCAUUUGAAUGAUUCAUUAGCGUUUUUCAGGGAUUUAUGUUGCAUGUCGGCAAGAACACUAUUGCUUUUAAUGGUUUCGAGAUAUUUUGAUCAGUGGUGGGAAGAGUAGUGUUACUGCGAAAUGAUACUACAUCCCAAAAACUUACUCAAGUGAAAGAAGACUCUUAAGUCCAUUCACUCGAUAUUUCCGAAGAAGCCAAAAAAGAAAUGAACAGCGUCGGUCGUAUGUUGAGAGCAGUUGAAUAUUUCAUGUAGCUUCUCCAAAGCACAUCCAUAUUUAUGGCUUAUUUCAAUAUUUAUUGCUUUGUUGGAGUGGUCAAUCUCUCUAUGCAACAUGUUCAUUUCUUGCAAAGACAGACGCCUUUGUAAAUAAUUCAUUGCGUCUGAAGAAAAAGAAAAAAAUAUUGGAAAAUAUAAAAAAAAAAAAUGCUCUGUUGUAAAAUAUAAAAAAAAACCCCUAAAGGACUUGUAAAGCAGAGAAAUAUUCAUAUUGUAAUUAAUAUCUUGGUUGUCGACGUGAAUGAAUGAAUGUUUUAUAUUUUUGUUGGAAAAUUGUUGAGAAUGAGGGCCAAAGAAAGAAAACAUAAUUAGGACUACGAGAGUAAAGUUGUACUACAGGUAGUCCCCGAGUUACGACGUACCCUACUUAUGUGAUUUUGACUUUAUGAUACUCGCCUCGUCCGCCAUUUUGUCUCCAGUCAUUUUGUCUUCAGUCAUUUAAAAAAAAAAAAAAAAAAUGGACUCAUAGACUUCACAAUAUAUUGACAUGACACGGGGCGCAGGGCCGAUCCGUAGGGGGGCUAUUUUUAAAAUUUCAAGUUCAAAUAUUUUCAAAACGACCUAAAACCAAAACAGGCACCUACCUUAGACAUAUAUGAGUCUCCAUGAGCAGCGGCAUCAAAAAAUUGUGGCUCCCUUAUAAAAUCCCGAUUAAUUAUUUUUUAUAUACGUAUAACACAACCUAAAAAGGCUAUCAAGAUUUUACACUAGAUGCACAAAAAUCACCAAAUGCAGAGAUAAU